AUGGCGGCGAACCUAUUCAACGAGGCGUUUAAGCCUGUCGCCGAGAGUAGUCUCAGGCAAGGGAAAAUUGACGUGAAAGAAGUUGAGCACGUCGAGGUGGUCGGUCCAGAUGAUGAGGAAAUUAUAUUUGGCUGUAAUAUUCAUUUCUUGUUUAUCCACACCAUAGGCAAUAGACAUAGUUUUCAAGUCACAGAUGUGAUAGCGACGUUGAGCCGCAUGGAGUUUGGUACUGUGGUAGGAGAAAGGAUAAAGACGGUCUAUGCCGUUGAUACAGAAACCGUCGAUUCGGGGGUCAACCACCUGAGAUUGGUCUUCGACCAAAGUGGUGCGGCAAAAAUGCUUGUGCGCCCGCGCAAGGAAUACGUGUUCUCGUUCAGAAAGCUUUUCUUUCUGCGUUGUCCAAAGCCGUUUGAGAAUUGGGAGUGUGAAGUCAGGGGCUAUCGGGGAAGGCAGGGAACGCUUCGUAGGCGAAGGUCGACCAGGAGGGGAUUUCAGUGGUGGUGGGGUAGGGCCACGGGGGGUAGUAAAUUCGCGAUUUUGGCGAGUACGUUUGUUCGCCAAGGCAGCAUCGGUGUUAUCCAGACGCUUAGAGCUCAGGGGUUGAACCCAACCCUUGGGGAAGGCUGCAGGCGGCUCACCUUUGCGAGGAGUAAGCACAAAGAGGCCACAUCUUAUGCCAAUGGGGCAUGCAUCCACGAACAUGUGGAGAUAGUGCAAGGGCAUGGCAGGCCUCAGAAUAAUGGAAUCGUGUAUUUUUAG